AUGAGAUUCUUAGUUCUGGCUCUUGCCAGUGCUUUCUUCCAAUCAUCUGCCGUUGUGGCCAAUGGUCCAAACGGUCCAAACGGUCCCCCUUCCUGUCGUUGCAUGCCAGGUGACAGCUGUUGGCCAGCACCUUGGGAAUGGGAAGCAUUCAACUUUGCCGUUGGUGGUCGUUUGGUUGCGUCUCAACCACUGGGUGCGCCUUGUCAUGACCCUACCUAUAAUGCUUCUGAGUGUGCAAAACUCCAAACUGAAUGGACUGAUCCUACAAUGCACUGCGAUCCCUUUACUGCAACAUCAACACCUUGCACCCUUGGAAACUAUGUUGACUAUGCCGUGAACGCCACAUGUGCUGCCGAUGUUGCAGCUGCUGUGGAAUUCGCUCAACUGGCAAACAUUCGCUUGGUGAUUCGAAACACUGGUCAUGACUACCUCGGAAAAUCCACUGGCGCAGGAGCAUUAUCUGUAUGGACUCACUAUCUCAAAAACAUAGAGUUCUUAAACUGGUCAGACGAAACCUAUACAGGUAAAGCAAUUAAGAUGGGUGCAGGUGUCCAAGGCUUCGAGGUAAUGGAUGCAGCCAAAGCUCAAGGCCUGGUUACAGUUGGAGGAGAAUGCCCAACGGUCGGCGUCGUGGGAGGAUAUACUCAGGGUGGUGGCCAUUCAGCCCUCAGUACAUCCUUUGGACUCGCCGCGGACCAGGCCCUGGAAUGGGAAGUAGUCACUGCAUCGGGAGAAAUUGUUACUGCAUCCAGAACCGAGAACACUGAUCUCUACUGGGCCUUGAGUGGUGGCGGCGGUGGUACUUACGGUGUUGUGAUCUCUUUAAUUGCCAAGGCAUACCCGGAUGCCACAAUCGGCGGUGCAUCUCUGAUCUUCUACUCUGCAAAUACGACCGCCGACAACUUCUACGCAGCUGUAGAGGUAUUCCAUUCUCUAUUGCCAGGCAUGGUUGAUGCAGGCGCGAUGGUAGUCUAUUACUUCACGGACGCCUUCUUCCAGAUUGCCCCAUUAACGGCCUACGGCAAAUCCAAAACAGAGACCGAAGCAAUCAUGAGCGACUUGAUCGCCGCCUUCAAUAAGCUCGAAUUUCCAUAUACCGUCACAUACUCCGAGUCUGCUACUUAUACUGAUCACUACAACACCUAUUUCGGCCCACUCCCCUAUGGAAAUAUCAAGGUGGGAAUCGCUCAGUACGGAGGAAGGCUGAUUCCCCGCUCCGCGGUUUUUGACAACAACAAAGCCCUAGGAGCUACGCUACGUAACAUCACCGAGCAUGGCGUUACCUUCAUCGGCGUGGGUACAAAUGUUUCAUCACCGGCAAUCACUUCCAAAGUUUCGAAUGCGGUUCUCCCGGCGUGGCGAGAUGCACUCGUACAUGCCACUCUCACCACACCAUGGAACUUCACAGCUCCGUGGUCAGAAAUGAUCGCAUUGCAAGACGAGAUGACCUACGAGUUUGAACCUCAAAUAACAGCCGUCACUCCUGGAGGUGGCGCGUACAUGAACGAGGCGGACUUUAGACAACUGAAUUGGCAGGAAUCCUUUUUCGGGGAGAAUUACGACAAGUUAGUAUCUAUUAAGAACAAGUGGGAUCCAAACCACUUAUUCUACGCGGUUACUGCUGUUGGAAGUACAGAAUGGACGGUAGCAGCAGAUGGGAGGAUGUGCAGAACUUAA